AUGGUUUUCCUUCAGGAGGAGAUGUCUUGGAACGUGCUGAUCUCACCAGACCAGCUGAGCCCCAAGGGCCUGCUGCUCCGCAAGUCCAUCAUCGUGCGUCUUCUGGAGGACGUCACCAACAGGAAGGCCUCCAAGGAGCAUGGCUACUACAUUGCUGUAAACGAGCUGAAGACGAUCUCUGAAGGGAAGGGGGAGAUCUUGGUCGGCUCCGUGGAGAAGAUCCUGAAGCACGGCGUCUUCCUCAAAUCUGGGCCGAUCGAAAGCAUCUUCCUAUCAGAGAAGUCGAUGAGCGACUACAAGUACAUGGGCGGCGAGAACCCCAUGUUCAUGAACGACCACUCGAAGCUGGAGAGGGACACCGCCGUGCGCUUCAAGGUCAUGGGGUUCCGCUGGAUGGAGGCUGACCGCCAGUUCCAGCUCCUUGCGUCGCUGGCUGGUGAUUUCCUCGGGCCGCUGUGA